CCCACAUGAGCCAGCACCUGAGAAAGAGAAUCCAACGUUGUAGACCUCGGAUUCAUCGACAUCACGGUCUGUUCCAAACUAAGCGUACGUCCCAAAAAAACAUAGUCCCAAUCAAAAGUCGACACUUGUGAGACACACAACACAAAGAGAGGGACACAUAACAUAGCCCUCCUUCCCUCCCUCCCUCCCUUUCAUGUGUAUGCGUGUUUUUUUAGAGGGUUUCUAAAUUUGUGUUCCUUGCCACAAUUCACAAACCAUAGAGAAAAGAGAGGGAAGAAAAGAAAAAAAGGGGUUAGCAGGGGCAUGGAGAAUCAGAAGGUGGGGGAAUCGGUGCAUGUGAGGGAGGAGGAGGAUGACGUGGCGGUGGAGAAAGAGGAGGAUCAUGGAGAUGUUGGUUCCAGCAUGACCUUGGAGAGGGUCGCUGCAGCUAAGAAAUUCAUUGAGAAUCAUUACAAGUCUCAGAGGAAGCACAUCCAAGAACGCAAGGAGAGGCGGUUAAUGCUAGAAAAGAAGUUAGCGUCUUCUCAAGCACCAGAAGAGGAACAGAUCAAUCUAUUGAAGGAUUUAGAGCUCAAGGAAACUGAGUAUAUGCGGUUAAAAAGACAUAAAAUAUGUGUUGAUGAUUUUGACCUUCUAACCAUUAUUGGCAGGGGAGCCUUUGGGGAGGUAAGACUCUGUCGGGAAAAGAAAUCAGGUAAUAUAUAUGCCAUGAAAAAGUUGAAAAAGUCUGAAAUGCUCAGCAGGGGACAGGUUGAGCAUGUUAGAGCUGAAAGGAAUGUACUUGCAGAAGUUGCCUGUGACUGCAUUGUGAAACUCUAUUACUCUUUUCAAGAUGCUGAACACUUAUAUCUCAUAAUGGAAUAUUUGCCUGGUGGUGAUAUAAUGACUUUGUUGAUGAGGGAAGAAACGUUGACUGAAACUGUGGCUAGAUUUUACGUUGCCCAAAGCGUUAUUGCCAUAGAGUCUAUUCAUAAACAUAACUACAUUCAUCGAGAUAUAAAACCUGACAACCUUCUAUUGGACCAAUAUGGUCACAUGAAGCUGUCUGAUUUUGGUCUUUGCAAGCCACUUGACUGCUCAAGUCUAUCAUCUAUUAGUGAAAAUGAAAUCCUGGAUGAUGAGAACUUGAAUGAUACCACGGAUGUUGAUGGAGCCUUGUCAAAUGGCAGAAAUGGCAGGCGCUGGAAAAGUCCCCUUGAGCAACUUCAACAUUGGCAAAUUAACAGGAGGAAGUUGGCAUUUUCCACGGUUGGAACUCCAGACUAUAUUGCUCCUGAAGUACUACUGAAAAAGGGUUAUGGUGUAGAGUGCGACUGGUGGUCUCUUGGUGCUAUAAUGUACGAAAUGCUAGUUGGAUAUCCUCCGUUUUACUCUGAUGAUCCUGUAUCAACAUGCAGAAAGAUUGUGCAUUGGAAAAAUCACUUAAAAUUUCCAGAGGAGGCCAGAUUGACACCUGAAGCCAAGGAUCUAAUAUGCAAGUUGCUUUGUGGUGUUCCACAUAGGCUUGGUACUAGAGGAGCAGAAGAAAUUAAAGCACAUCCUUGGUUCAAAGAUGUCAUGUGGGACAGGCUCUAUGAAAUGGAGGCAGCAUUUAAACCACAAGUCAAUGGAGAGCUUGACACUCAGAAUUUUAUGAAAUUUGAUGAGGUUGAACAACCAAAAUCAAGUAGAUCUGGAUCUGGACCAUUCAGAAAGAAGCUCUUAACUUCUCAAGAUCUUAGUUUUGUUGGUUAUACUUACAAGAAUUUUGCUGCUGUCAAGGGGAUGAUGCGUCAAUCUAUUAAUGAUCCAGGGAGCUUGUCACCAAAGCGGACAUCUGUUGAUUCCACGCACAGUGAUUCUGGAGUAAACUAUUCCGCUUGAUACUCAAUGGACAUCACAAAAUCAUAGAUGGUUGCACCCUCUUGGAAUACCUUUUCGCUUGUGAACAAUAACCCUAGCUUUUUUUUUUCUCCCCAUUUUCAUGUAUAGAACCUUCUUGUGUAGCUAAUAGAUGGACAUGAUGGUGGGCAAGCCUGCUUAUUUUUCAACCAGGUUUGCCUUGCUUUCAGUGCCAACAACCACCUAUCUUGCAGAACUUAGUGUACAUGGAUAUCUGCAUCACUGGUAGUGGUAGCUCUACUAUAUGUGAAAGUCUUGAAGUUAAAAAGUACAUGUAACUGUAAACUUGUCACUGGGUUGUUGUGCCCAGGUUUGCAGAAACAUGUGCCAUCCCUUGUGGCACGCAAAUCCUGACCCUUUUUUUUUUCUUUCAAUCUACCUUUUUCAGUUGUCCAGCAAGCUAUUCACUCCCUUAAUGGUAUCUUGACUCAAAAACAACCUUUGGCUUCCAUCAAGUUAGAUGCAGGCCAAAUUAUGAGAAUGUAAUAUGUUCACAAAAUAACAAAGUCAAAUCGUAUCAAUUGCAACUUUGUUCCCUUUCUGAUUUA